UCAUAUCGCGUAUGUACGAUAUCCGUUCAAUAUGCUCGUAUUUAUGAACGUGCGCAAGCUCUCCGUGCCAUAUAUACCAUACGAUAUGCAAUCAUAUGUAAAUACACUGCGCAGAGGCUGGCUUGAUUUCGUCUGUUUUUUUACGUAAGAUAUUAUCGUCGAAUCUUGUCCCCUCGGAGGUUGCCUAUUCUAGGCGUGUUCUCCUCUCCUCUCAGCCACCACUCUUAUAAACCCUGGCAUUACUGUAGACGGUAUUCCGCUAUGUCGUCUUGCCCGUCUUGCCCGUCUUACCUGCAGGCAUAGAUAAGUGUUUACAUACCGACGCAUUCUCUUAAGUACGCCUGAGACCUUGUCUAGCUCAACUCCCCUCGCUCUCCCAAUCCCCGCGCUGCCCAUAGCACCACGCCCCAUGACCCGAUGUCGGGUCGCAAGUCAGGAGACGAGGACGAGGGACCUGGCCUGGCCUGACCCAGCAGCCCGCGACAAUAUCGCGGUAGCAGCCCCAUUUAUUUAAUAUGCGACGCCUGGGCGUUUAUCAAUCUGAUAAGAUCUUUUUAUCUGCCUAGGCUUCCUCGUCACCCCUGGCUCUCUCUAACCGUCCCUUCCCCCCUCCUCCCUUGUCGUGUGGAAAUCAAUACCCUUUUUCACCGACAUCACAUUACAUCUUUGUCUUUCCCUUCUUUCUCCCUGGCGCAGCCUCGAGGAAAGAUGUCCGUCGAGAAAAUCGGCGGGAAUUGGGCCCUGGAGCUCUUCAGGGAGAGCCUCAGGACGUCGCGUCUUCCCGACCCUGGCGACGUCUCCGCGUUUUUCGACGAUGACGCGGACAAACACUUCGAAAAGCUCCCACUAAACCCUGAGAGGCUUCAAUACCUGCGAGAACUGAUACAAUACAUCCUCGACGGCCGUGAAGUAGUCUAUACCUACAACAUGAUCCUACUCGUAGUGCUCGUGCUUUUCUCCCUCUUGCACCUCAGGGAGAGGCUGCGGGAGCGAGCCAAAGCCCGGGCAAUCGAGCAGGACUCGGCCGAGAGCUCGGAAUCUCGUGGAGGGGCUGCUAACGACUCGGAGACGGCAACCGAGGUAGAAUCGUCUGCCAGCAGCACCGUCGAAGGGUCGGUAUCGUCCCAGAGCACGAUCAAAGCUGUCGAUACCGACGUCGAGCUGUUGCCUCUCCUCGGGUCCCGCCGGCGUGCGCGGGCUCUAAAGAGCUGCAGCACCCGUUUAGCGAACCGCCUCAGUGCGGUGCUGAUGUACCAGCCCCGACCGAUCCCCUUCAUCAACCGGGCCCUACCGUCGAAUGGGACCUCGCUCGUCGUGCUGGCCUUCCUGGGCCUCAACGUCUUCCUCCAAUUUUACCAGGUGCCUUUCGAGACGAGAUUCUUCUUCGCCUUCGCCGAUAGGAUCGGGCUGCUCUUCGCCGUCAACCUCCCGCUGCUCUACCUCCUCGCCGCCAAGAACCAGCCCGUCAAGCUGCUCACCGGCUGCUCCUACGAGGCCCUCAACAUCUACCACCGCCGCGUCGGCGAGCUGAUGUGCUUCCAGGCCGUUGUCCACUUCGUCGGCAUGCUGUUCUGGCGCCUGCACUUCUCGCCCGCGUGGCUUCAGACCGCUGAUUUCUAUUCCUACAUGACGCACCCUCUGAUCCUAGAGGGAAUCGGCGCAUUCGUAGCAUACGAAACGCUGUACUUCACGUCGCUGGGCAGCUUCCGCCAGCGAUGGUACGAGAUUUUCCUGGCCUCGCACAUCGUGCUGCAAGUCGCGGCGCUGGUCUUCCUGUACCUGCACUUCUUCACCGCGCGGCCUUUCGUCCUCAUCUGCCUGACCAUCUUCCUCGCCGACCGGGCCAUCUGGCGGCUCUGGAUGAAGUCGGCCAGCUUCACCGCCGACCUGACUAUCCUCGAGGACGGCAACACCCUGCUGGUCUCCGCCGACUGGGACAUCCCAGACACGCACCCCCGUAAGUGCUGGGACCUCCUGCGGCAGAGCAUUCGCUACGGCUGGCGCCCAGCCGACCACGUGUUCGUCUCCGUGCCCGCGCUCGGCCGCACCCACUCGCUGCAGGCCCACCCGUUCACGAUCGCGUCGGCCGCGCCCGAGGAGGCCUCCAAGGACGUGCCGAGCCACGCCUGGCUGAGCCUGCUGGUCCGGGUGCAAGGCGGCUUCACGGCGGACCUGCUGGCUUACGCGCGUGCGCACGCGCGGGUGCCCGUCCGGCUCGACGGGCCCUACGGCUCGCAGGACCCCGUCAGCAUGCUGCGGUCGUGCGGGAACGCGGUGCUCGUCGCCGGCGGGUCCGGCAUCGCCGUCGUGUUCCCCAUGGCGUGGGCCCUCGCCGCGAACCACCGCAGCCACCGCAGGCGCGUCCACCUCAUGUGGGUUCUGCAGUCGCGCGCGCAGCGCUCCUGGAUCCCCGAGGACAGGCUCGCGGACCUUCGCAGGCUCGGCGUGCAUGUGACCGUCCCCCGGCCGACGAUCGAGGCCGGCCGGCCGGAUAUCCCCGGCUACAUCGCCGACUUGACGGCCGCCGCGGGGGGCACCGUCGGGUUCGUGGUCUCCGGCCCCGACAGCCUGAACAGGACAGCGAGAAAUGCGUGCGCCGAGGCGGUCAGGACCGGCGCCGACAUUCGGCUGCUGGUGGAGAAGUUUGGAUGGUGAGUAGGGUUGGCGUUGGCGAUGGCGAUAGUAGCGAGGAUAGACUAGCGUUCGACUUGAAGCUUACGAGGCACGACAAAUGGAUUUUACGGCAUUAAACCUCGACACGAGGUUGGUACGAUAGUGUGCUGGUGAUUUUUGGAGGAGAAGUUCUUGUAUUUUGGCGGUACACUUCGGCUUGGAGUUGGGAGUCUCAUUAGACCACAAGAGACGGGGAAUAACAGACAGUCCUUGGACACACAAUAGGGAGGGCUACCCAUUUGAAUACGAAAGAGAAAGCGUAGAAUGGCAUUGUCAUUACGCAGUGAGCGUCUUCAGCUCGGUUCAACUUGACUCAGCAUCGCGUGCAGCUACCUAUAUUUUGUAUUCCAACUACUAGAGCCCGGCAUAACAUCC